AACCGGAAAAUGUAUAUCAGCUGAUUUUUCUGACUUCACACUUUGUUUCGUCAUUAAGACGCGACGGAAUUCGACACGUGAGAGCGAGCAGAGGUGUCUUGAGGUGUUGAUGAAGAGUUUAAAGUCAAUCUGGAGAGAGAUGGAGAGAAGAGAGGAAGAAGAGAGAAAGAGUACAGCUCAGAGAGAGGAGGAGGAAGGUGACGAAGAGGAGGGAGCUGCUGGAGGAAGAGGAGAUGGAGAUGAUGAAGAUGGUAAAGACACUGCUGGGAUGAAGAAGACCAAACAAAAAGGGGCUGAAGUGACUUCUGGUCCAGACAAGAAGUGUGUUCCAGGUAUCAUCUACCUAGGUCACAUCCCGCCGAGGCUCCGACCCAAACACCUGAGGAACCUGCUGUCGCCGUAUGGAGAGAUUGGACGCAUCUUCCUGCAGCCUGAAGACCACCAGGUGAGGAGGAAGAAGAGGAAGUCUGGCUCGAGGAGGUGUGAUUUUACUGAAGGAUGGGUGGAGUUCAGAGAUAAACGAGUAGCAAAGCGAGUGGCAGCGUCUCUCCAUAACACACCAAUGGGAACCAGGAAACGGCAGCAAUUCUUCUCUGACCUCUGGUCAAUCAAGUACCUGCACAGGUUCCAGUGGACUCACCUAAGCGAGCGGCUUGUCUAUGAGCAGACCGUCUUGCAACAGAGACUCAGGACCGAAGUGUCUCAGGCGAAGAGAGAAACAAACUUCUACCUGAACAACGUGGACAAGAGCGCUCACCUGAACAGAAAGAGGAAGAGACAGAGAGAUGGACAACAGAUGGACGAGAGGACGUGGGACUUCACUCAGCGCAAGACGGAGGAUGAAAUUCAGAUGAAGAAAAAGAAGAAAAACUCUGUUAGUCAGAGACACCUGGACAAGGCCCGCCUCAUCCAGCAGAAGACCCAAUCAAACGUCUCUCUGUUGGCCAAGAUUUUCAACUCCAGCAAAUCAGAGUGACAGCAAAGACUUAAAAUAAAGACUUAUUUUUCAGUUUAACUUUUGUCUUUUUGUGGACUUUUGAAAGCUGCUGUAAUAAAACUUUUAAGAAUUUUG